UGCAUCAAUAGAUUGUUCAAUCUGAUUCUUAGUUCUUGUUUAGUCGUUUGUUUUUCAAUUUUUCUGAGGAUGGUUUGCUUGGUUUCUCGUUCCGGAAGGCACUUGCAGCGAUAUGAUAACUUGGGCCGCCGCCAAGUUGUCGGGUGCAUUCCCUAUAGAUACAAAUCCACCAGUGAUGGAACCACUGGUAAUGAUCUCGAGGUUCUUGUAAUAUCUUCCCAGAAAUGUCAAAAAAUGAUGUUCCCCAAGGGUGGUUGGGAGCUUGAUGAAUCUAGAGAAGAAGCUGCACUAAGAGAAUCACUUGAAGAAGCUGGUGUUCUAGGCAUUGUUGAGGUUAAUAUUUAUUUAAUCAAACUCUUAAAUCUUCUUCUGAAAUUCUUUAUACUAAAAAAGUCUUCAUCUUUGAAACAGUGUGAAUUGGGGAAAUGGGAUUUCAUAAGCAAAAGGCAUGGCACAUUUUAUGAAGGGUAUAUGUUCCCUUUGCUGGUGAAAGAAGAACUUGACUUGUGGCCUGAGCAAAAUCUGAGACAAAGGACUUGGAUGAAUGUUAAAGAAGCAAGGGAUGUUUGUCAGCAUUGGUGGAUGAAGGAAGCUUUAGACAUAUUGGUCGAAAGACUAAACUCAAUGGAUCAACAAAAUGAACAAAAAUUUCCCAAUUUGUGCACUGAUUUAGCAGCAAAGAUUAGUAGUUUGUAAAUACGGGAGCAGUUUAGAUUUAAAUCUUUUGUUGAAAAGAAAAGAGGAUCAACUUGAAGCAGAUGUUGACUAACAAAUACAUGCACUCACAGCUGGGAAAUGUUAGGGAAAUAACUGUAAGAGAAAAUAACCU